CCUGUCAGCAGUAAAUAAUGAAUGAAGCUGUCAGUCAGCUGUGAAAGUGCUAGCGUGCAGCAACACAAGAGAUGGAGAUACGAGGGACAUGUAAAGACCUUAAAUUCCCUUCAUUGUUUUGUGAGGAAAAAGUGGAUAAACGUGUGAUACAUGGAUCAGAAUGGGGGAAAAUGGAAUCAACAAAUGUUAUAAAAAGUUACAUGGAAACUAAACGUUUAUAGGAAAGUUUUUUUUUAAAUAAUUUUUUUUUUUUAUUUUGAAGUUGAUUUUUAAUUGUGAUAAUGUUCAGUCCUUUAUCCAGAGGCUAUGGAACCUGGUCUGGGGAGCUGUACGACCCGUAUAAAGGUGUCACAGAUACUGAGUCUCUACCUUGUAUAGAGCCAGGAGAGAACACUCACAGACAUGGUGUCACAGUUGGACUGGGGCCCAGGGCUUCAACUACAAUGUCUAUGCGCUCAGGAAAGGAUCAGCCCCUAACUUGUACCCUCACCCCUCGCUCUGACGGCAAACUCAACAUUCCUAAAACAUUUACCACACGUAAGGGGGCACUGAUUUUAUUUUCAUCACAAGAGGAUGGAGACAAUGGUUCAGCAUCUACGUCUGUGUCACGUUCUUCUUCCAGACAAAAAUCUGCUCUUUCCAAGAAAUUCAGUGCUUUGGAAACCUGUUCUACCCUGGGUACCUUGGAUAGAUUGUCAUUAUCAGUGCUGCAGUAUGGCGAUCAGGAGGAAUAUGACAGAGAGAAUGUGAGCAUUGCUGAUGAGAAAAAUAAAAUGGUCCUAAACUUCAUCCACUCGCUGGACGAGCGUGAGAUGGACAGCAGAGUUCGUCCUGGAAGUGAACUGUCUUCCUACCUCCGUGACCUAAAGUACAGGUCAGGUGGUCGUCAUGGUGCCACAUAUCUACCUCGGAGUCGAGAGACGAUGGAGUUACGAGCCCUUCUACAGGGUCUUCAAGAUAACAAGUGGCCGAUGUCAUACUCUUCUACAGAAGGGGCACCAGCUGUGGACAGAUCCAACACCUACGCAGAACAAUUCACGAGGCCAAGUUCCCGUGGUUCAACCCGGCCCGGAUCACCUGGGUCUGGUACCGCCACACCAAGAUCCAUCUUGUCCGCACGAAAACUGACGGCUUCGUUAAAAUCACUCAACCCCUACAGACAACCCUCCAUAGUUGAUGAUAGUGAGUUAGAUGAUGAGCAAAGCACCAGUACACACCCAACCAUAAGUGCCAAGGUCACACGAAAGUCACCACUUCAAGAUGACCUUGUCCGAUCAGGAUCAGCAUCGCCUCAGAGGUCAUGGACACAGCGCUUGGGGCCAACCUCAAUCACAGGAAGUAUUGAGGAGGAGCAGCCAAGUGACGGUAAUCAGGGUUGGAGAGGUAGCUCCCUGGGGACAUACCUCACAGAUAAUACGCCCAAGGCUCCAGGGGUCACCGACCCAUCUCACAAUGACGAGGGCAGGAACAGUUACUCACCAAAGGAGCUGGGAGAUGGUCACUUACUGAUGGAACAAGGUGACCGUCACUUAGAGGCGGAGGAAGGUGAUGGGCAUGGUGAAAAGGGUGUUGGGUUAGACCAUCUGUCAGAGGGUAGUGAUGGCUCUGACGUAGAAAUGUUGUAUACAGCUGGUAAUGGUUGUGUGGAUGGUAGUGUAGAUAUUGUGGAUGGUGAUGGUAUUGUAUCCGCCUCUGUUGUCUCCCCUUCCCCAAACAUGCAGCAUGAUAAAUCUGCACUGCUCCAGCAGCAUGACAAUUCCUCUCCCUCCCCUCAUCCUGAACAAUCUCUCUCGUGUGAUCUCCAGGUGGUGGUGGACCAUACUUCUCCUCUAACGCAUCCUCAACUCUCUGAGGACAACAAGCUUUCCUCUCAGGUGACAGACCCUGGUGUAGACAGGCUGUCAGUCGCUGACGAUGGGGGUGAUGUGGUGUCCAGUAUCACUGGGGUCAGUGAGGACACCACAGAACCUGUUACCAUCAAAGUUGACAUCAAUACCCUUAUUACAGGCCCCAUACCAGAGGAGAAUCAGGAAAUGGCAGAAUUCUCUGGGUCAGAGGUCAAAUCCAACCAUGACAUGGACAGAAAUAAUGUAAACUUAGAUGUUGAAAAUUCUCAACUUGUAAAAACGCCAACUGGAACUGAAUCUGAGUUAAAUGAUGUCACUGGAGAAAAAGGUUAUGUAAAUGACCUGAAAUCACCAGAUGGAUCAAUGUCUCGAGUAUCUCCCUCCCAAAAGAGGGAUUCAAGCGGAGGAAAGGGUUCUCCUACAGCUGCCAUCACAACAACCAAGGGAGGCAGUAGGCAGUCCUCAGCCAAGAGGGUGUUAUCAGGCAGGAAGUCUCCAAGAAGAGAGGCUACCCCAGUCAAACAAUCGUCCAGACAGUCAUCAGCGAAAAGUAAUGCUGACAGGUCUGUGUCUCAACAUGAGACAGAGGCCACCGAGACUUUGGUUGCCAUGGAAGCAAAGACAGAAGCAGUAGAUUUAGAGGAUGUAGCCAGUGUAGCCUCAUCUGUUCUGGUAGAACAAGACAUUGUGUUGCCAGCCCAAGAUGACACUGGAGAUGUAAGCAAUGGUGAGACAGCAAGUUUACCUGUGGAUGGUGUAGCACAGCCACUUGUACCCCAAUACACAGGUUCCAUGGCCAAUGGAGGAGGAUUGAUGAUUCUUGACAGUGUACCCUCAGUUCCUGUAGUGAGUCCCCACUCGUCCAGACCUGUCUCCAGGACCAGCUCCAGGCCAGCCUCUUACAAAACUGGCCAGCUGCCUCUGGAAGAGGAACCGCCAAUAGCGACACCAAAGUCUGCUGAACCACCGGAACAAAGAGUAGAAGAAAAACAGGACAAGAAAAUAGAACUUAAAGAACAGAAAAAUGAACAAAAAGAUGACCACAAGAUGUCUGACACUGCUAGCUUAUCUGUGGGGAAAACAGAGGAGACCACCCCCAAACCCCCUGAAGGGGGAAAGAAAGGACAACAACGUAGGGGGCACUUACCCCGAGGUAAGAAGGCCAAGAAGGAUGUGACCAAGGCAAUAGACAUCUCUUCUGUACAGCCUGACGAGGAGGAGAAACCAAAGGAGCAUGAGAUCACUGUGUAUAAGACUGUCAAGGUCGCAGCUCAGAAGGAAGAGACCAUCAUCCCAGACUUCAUCACUGAGGAGUCGGCGCGACACAAGGAAGAGUCCAAGGAAGCCCUGGAGCAACAGAUGGUGGAGAUGUCUAAGAUAGUUGACAACGCCAUGUCAGGGACUGUACUGGAAGAGGACGAGGGCGGCCUUACAGACAUGGAGCUUGCACUGGCACAAAAACAAGUCUUGGAGAGAAUGGCAGAGGCAAAGGAGAAAAUGGGUCAAGUAGACAACCCUCAGCCACCCAAAGUGGAGAAACCUGUAAAAGGAACAACUGGGAAGAAAGGAGGGAAGAAAAAUAUAGAGAAAAAAGUGGUGGACACUGAGAAAGAAAAGCUCAAAGAAAUGAGAAGAGUAGAGAAAGAGAAACGAUUGGAAGAAGCUAAGACCUUGCAAUCAAAGAUAGAUAAACAACAAGCACUGCGAAAGGCAAAGGAAAAAGAAGCACGGGACAGGGGAAAGCUGACUACUGAUAAUGUGGAGCUUGAGCUAGAGAUGGAGAGACUGGAAAGGGAGGCAGAGGAGAUACAACAAGCCGAGGACGACGUGCGACAAGCGCUUGCUGAAUCAAGGAAAAAACAAAGGGACGAGCGUGAUACGCGGAGAAAGGCUGAUCUCGAACGAAAAAAACAGCUGGCCAUAGAACGGCGGGAUAAAGAGAAGAAAAUUAUGGAGAAGGCCAAAAACAAGGAGCUGGAAAUGUUGGAGAAAAUUGAGGAUGCCAAUGUUAGGAAACGUCAACGCGAGGAGGAGGAACUUAAGGAGGAGGAAGAAGAGAGACUGGCUCAGGAACGACUGGAGGAGGAGAUGAGAGAGGCUGAGAGGCUAGCUGAAGAGGAGGAAGAUAAACUCAGGGAGCUGGAGAGACAGGCAGAGGAGGAAGCAAUGCAACGCCUCAUUGAUGAGAGAGAGGAGGCUACACGAAAGAAGAGACAAAUAGAGGAACAGAAACGAUUAGUCGAGGAAGAGGAGGACAGGAAAAGAGAAAUCAUUAUUAAAGAAGAGAGGCGAUUGGAAGAGGAAAGAUCUAGGAGGGCAGAAGAAGAGGAUAGGAAAUUACAGGAGGAGAAAAGGAGACUGGCCGAGUUACAAAGAAUUGAGAGUGAGGCCAGGGAACAGAUGCAGAAGGAGCUUGCUCACCGCCGCGAGAUGGCCCUUUCAAGACGGGAUCGAAAUCUUGAGGCCCGCUCCAACAUGACACGACUCAAACAUUCACAAGGGAUCACACAGCCCUGGGUCUGGUCCUACUUCAUACAGUGGCCCAUGGAGACCUAUAACAUACCCAUAGGAGGGGAGCCUGAUGACAAGAAGAAGAAGCGCCCCAAGCCAAAGGCCAAGAGAUGAUGACCUGGGAGGUUUGGACUUAUCCACGAUGAUGCCCUGGGCCUGUAUGGACUUAUCCACGAUGAUGCCCUGGGCCUGUAUGGACUUAUCCACGAUGAUGCCCUGGGCCUGUAUGGACGUAUCCACCGUGUAUUUAGUGCCUUCUGUAUCACUGUGCUUUUAAUAAUUAUUACUGGUAGUACAAUAGGAGAAAAUGUCAUCACUUAAUGUUGUGCGUACGGAAAAAGACAUUCACCAUGAACAUAAAAUAUUAUUUAAUUAUUCAGGUCAUACUUAAAAAAUGAAAGAAAAGAAAUUUUCAAUAAAAAAAAAUCUUACAGCUAUCCCAGAAAAACAACAACAAUAAAGCAGUUGGUGGCAUGAGAUAGGGAGCAUGUUUUUGAUCCAUACCACUCAUAACUGCUUUUUCCUGGGGCCCACUGUACAAAUGUUCACAAUUAUUUUAUACGAAACACCAAUAGAUCGUCAGUUUAAGUGCCUCCCUCAAGUAAAAGAGGUUGAGACUUAUAUUCUGUGUUUAUUUUAUAUUUACCAUAUUUAUAUGGAUAUCUUGACAUAAAUCAUGAGGGAACUUUGGAACCAUCUUAGUUUAUUCGUUACUAAUCAUUACUAAGUUGGUGGGUAUCUAUCAUGCUACCAUGUGGUAUACAUGUACUGAAUACACACAUGUUAUGGGAUUUUUUAAAUCAAAGCUUGUUAUCAUGGAGUAUUGCAAAUACAGUUACAUGUACAUCUAGUUCAGUUUGGGAUAUAUUUUGUUUUGUAUAAAUUGUUCUCAAACAAAUAAAUAUUUUGAUUUGUUUUUGCCUGUGAAUUUAUGCAAAUAAGUACUAUUUAUGAAGAGGUACGUGGUCCUCUCACUAUUACCACAUGACCAUAGUUGUCCUGUAUAUUGUUCCCUAUAUUGUAUAGUCGUAUGUGACGAGGUGGUCCUAUAUCUGGUUCAACAUGACUCAGGGAGUAUUCUAUGUCAUAACUUUUGCCUUAUGAGUGCAUUUUCAAAUGCUACCAUUCUUAAUGCUUUCACCCCUAUGUAACUUUAGUAGACUUUACCAUGCAUUGAUAUGGAUGGGUCCUUUGUAGUCUACAGUGGUGAAAGGGUUAAAGGCAUACAAAUGUUUGUCCAUGUACAGAACCAUGAUCACCUUUCUGAGUAGAUCUCUGUCACUUCCAGUAGCUUAGCAAGAGACAGGUUGUCUGAUUUGUCAGGUUCUAAUAUACACAGUGGGACAAAGUAGAAGAUGGUUUGAACAGGUUUCUAAGUCAGUCUAGACAGGUCUCACUGUAUAUUAUAACUAUGCAAGUGGUGGGAUAGACUAUCAAGGAUACAGGAAACUUACUACACUGUAUGUUAUAAUUAUACCAGUGGGAUAGACUAUCAAGGAUACAGGAAACUUACUAUGCAAUGGACUUUGUUUAUAAUCAAAUUUGUCUUGUUUUAGCAGUGAUAAAUUUACUUAAUUUUGUUCAUCUGUGAAUAAUUGGGGCACAGCUAUUUUAUUUGUAUAACUCAUAAAACUUGUUGAUCCACUUUGUCUGUGAUAUCUAGUUUAUUUUGUUUUCGUAUAUAUCUGUAAUACAGUGCUGCUGUGAUGCAUCUUGUUAGAAAAUAGUUUUUUCAUAAUUUUUCUUAUAUUUUUUUUUAUUUAUGCUUGUUAAAUAAUUAAGUCACUUAACAUAACUUGUAGCUGCUGUUGCAUUGCCCGACCUUUGAGUCCUAUCUAAGUGCCGGAGUCCUUUUCCGUCCGGACCAGAGUCCUAGACCAACUAUUAUUUGGAAUACAGCGUUGGUCUUCUUAUCUUUUAAGACAAGACUCCUGGGCUAAUCACACUGAUAGCAAACUCCCUGGUUUUUGUGAGCUUUCCUGUACAGUCCUUGGUCCCAAUAAGAAUUAGACUUCCUGGUCUCACCACUAGGUGGAGACUUCCUAAAGGCGUUAUUACUGAAUGUUACUCGUUUAAUUUGUGGCAUGUUUCCAAAAUGUCCCGGUCAUAUUUUUAAUUAAUAUUUUUUGUAGUUUUUUUUUUUUGAAGGAUUUUGUUUUAAGAAAAAAUUAUAUUUGUGUAUAAAAAAAUAACCCAAAUCACCAGUGCUAAUGUUUGGUGCAUGUAUGUAUCAAACUUGUAUAAUGGUAAUUUUAUUUAAUUGUUAAUUUACAUCAAUUACACCAUAACAUGGAAGAGUUAUAACUUAUUUACAGAAAUGUUAUUGAUGUUAACAAGGUAAAGAUACACAAUAGUGCACUCUGUAUAUUUUUUUAUUGAUUCUAUAUAUAAUUAUAUAUGUAUAUCAUCUUAGUUAUAAAAUUGACUCAUUUUAUUUUAAAUGUUAUAAUACAUGUACGUUUAUUAUUUAUUUGAUUUAAGCUCUAAAACCUAUUAAACAUUUCCUUUAGGACUUCUUUGUACUGGGGUACAUUCGCUUUUCCAGUUGAAACGGUUGAACCUGUAAAGAAAACAACAGGUAUAGAUCUGGACCGAGGCUGACCUCAGGAAAAUUUGG